AUGACAAACUGGACCACAGUAAGGGAAUUCAUAUUGUUGGGGCUGACUGAUAAUUUCCCCCUUGAAGUUAGCCUUUUUCUCCUCCUGUUUGGGAUUUAUCUUUUGACUUUAAUAGGAAACGCGGUGAUUAUCAUUAUCACCCAGGUGAAUGUUCAACUUUGCAGCCCAAUUUACUUCUUCCUCCGACAUUUGGCAUGGGUAGAUAUUGGGUAUAUGAGUACUGUAAUUCCCAAAGCGCUGGUCAGCAUAGCUACUGGUAGUAAGAGCAUCUCUUUAGCUGGUUGCUUCAUACAGAUAUUUCUUUAUUUGGUCCUUGGUUCCACUGAAUUCUUUCUACUGGCCGCAAUGUCUGUUGAUCGAUACAUAGCCAUCUGCAACCCUCUUCACUACCCAACCAUCAUGAAUAACCGAGUCUGCUCAUUAUUGGUAUUGUGUUGCUUGGCAGGGGGGAUAUCAAUAAUUCUAGUUGUAUGCAUUCCUUUAUUUCUGAUGCCCUUUUGUGGUCCCAACGUCAUGAAUCAUUUCUUUUGUGACAAUGGACCCCUAAUGAAAUGUGUUGACACCAGCUUCCUAGAAAUGAUCGAUUUUGUAGUUGCCGUAUUCUUUCUGCUUGGGACCUUAAGUGUCAACAUCGGGUCUUACGUCAAAAUCGUUUCCACCAUUCUGCACAUCCCAUCCACCAGAGGGAGGAAGAAGACCUUCUCCACUUGUGUUUCUCACUUGACCGUGGUCACCAUCGCUUACAGCGGUUGCAUUUUCACGUACAUCAGGCUGAAAGGCACCAGUGGAUUGGACUACAACAAAACGGUGGCUCUUCUGAACACUGUUAUGGCGCCUCUUCUCAUCCCGAUUAUAUAUUGUUUGAGGAACAGACAAGUGCAAGAUGCUUUGAAGGCUGAACUGAGGCAAAGGGUCGGUUUGGCAAAAAAAAUUGAGGCUCUUUUCUACUGA